AUGGCGCACCGCAUAAUAACCCAAGUCUUCGUCACCGGCGCCCGCGUCUUCGGCCGCGCCUUCGCCGAAGCCUACAAACAAGCCUCCGCCUCGCAGAAAUAUGCCUCCGCCAUGCGCGACAACCCCACCGCCGCCAACACCCUCUCCGCCUCCGGCUUGACCCUCGACGAAGCCUGCCGCAUCCUGAACGUCUCACCCCCGAAGGGAGGCGAAGCGGACUUGGGGAGGGUGCAUGAGCAGUUCAAGCGGCUGUUUGAUAUGAAUGAUCCGAAGAAGGGGGGGAGCUUUUACUUGCAGAGUAAGGUGUUGAGGGCUAGGGAGAGGAUUGAGCUUGAGGUACGUCAGGCGGAGGCGAGAAGGGAGAGGGAGGAGGAGUUGAGGCAGGGGUGGAAACCGAGGGUUUAUCGGGAUCGAUGA